GGCCUACUCCCGCACAAUGUCGUGUCAUUGGCGUUAGGCGCGACGGAGGGCCGCCGCGCCGUGCCGGGGGAGAUCAUGUUCGGCGGGACGAAUCCGGAGAUGUACGAGGGCGAGAUCGUUGAGCUCUCGCUAUCAAAUGCGACGGACCCUGAUCACGGGCUGCAGGACCCGUUUGACAGCGGCCCGCCAAUGCUUAAUGGCACAUGGCGGGUCGAAGCGCGUGGUCUAGCAUGGGGGGAGGGCGGGGACGAAAGAGUCGACUUAGCUGGCUACACGGCGCGGCUGGACACGGUGGAGCCUUUUAUCUGGCUCCCCGAGGCUGCGUUUCGCAGACUGCGAGAUGUCAUCCAGCCGGAGCAUGUCCCGUUCUGGCUCGACUCGGUCCGUUGCGAGAGGCUGCCUGACCUCCCGUAUCUGACGUACAAUCUCGAUGGACAGGACUUUGCCCUGAGUCCGUGGGACUACACACUGGAGAUGGACUUUGGAGAUCUUGGAGUCCGGUGCGUUGUUGGGUUCAGCCGUUUAGUCGAAGGGGUGAGAGAGACUUCAUUGCGCUGGGGACGCCGUUUUUGAGGGGUUAUUAUACUGUGCUAGAUGCUGAUAGGAAAACUGUUGGAUUGGCCCGCGCGAGGUAUAGGGUGCAUCAUUAAUAGGCUUGAUUGGUAGUCUUUGGUAACGUUGCCAACUACUCAGGUUGAAAUUGAUGUGAACUCUGAUUUCUAUAGACGUCUAGCUAGUUGUAUAUAUACUAGGGG